UUCCGCCACUCAUCAACAAGCAUAACCUAAAUUUCUUUUACUGUUCCUAUUAAUAUAUGUAUCUGACAUAAUACAUAUUUUUGAAGGAUAAUUUUAUUAUAUUAAACCAGCAACAUGUCGGAGCGAAAAGUUUUAAAUAAAUAUUAUCCACCGGAUUUCGAUCCGUCGAAAAUUCCUCGUAUGAAAUUGGCCCGUAACAGGCAAUACACGGUACGUUUGAUGGCUCCUUUCAACAUGAGAUGUAAAACUUGUGGAGAGUACAUUUAUAAAGGAAAGAAAUUUAAUGCUCGUAAAGAGGAUGUUGAAGGUGACGACUAUUUAGGAAUACGAAUUUACAGGUUUUAUAUCAAAUGUACUCGAUGCCUCCAAGAAAUAAGUUUCAAAACCGAUCCUAAGAAUACAGAUUAUGAGAUUGAAGCAGGUGCUACUAGGAAUUUUAUGGCCUUAAAAUUGGCUGAAGAACAAGCGCAGAGAGAGGAAGAUGAAGAAAAAGAAGAGGAAGCUACUAAUCCAAUGAAACUAUUAGAAAAAAGAACAUUACAGUCAAAGCAAGAAUUAGAAUUAUUAGAAUCUUUGGAGGAAUUGAAAGAUUUAAACCGUAGGCAGCAAGCUAUUGACUAUGAUCAAAUGUUAGAACAGUUUGAUACAGAGGCAGCUAAGCAAAGGACAGAGAAGGAACAAGAAGAAUAUGAUGAGGAAUGUAUUAAAUCGAUAUUUGGUAAAAAAACUAUUGUAGAGGAAGAAAUCGUGGAGUUAGAUGAACGAGAACCACGUGAACCACCGAAGAAAAUAAUUAAAACAAGCACAGAUACGAAAGAAAGUGAUAAUGUAGUAUCAACAACGGAGAAGGUAACGGUAGAAAAAGAAAAGGUGAUCAACAUUCAAAGCGUAAAAUCAUCUAACGAUUCAUUAUGGUCUGAAAGUGUGGGUACAUCGUCGAAUAGAAAAAAUUUGUUAGGUAUAGUUAAAAGAAAAACGAAUAUAGGUAUUAAAACAAGCACUGAAAAACAAGAAACUAAAACUGUGACAAAAGAUGAAACAGAAUCUUCACUCAAAGGAAAUGAUAAAGUCGCAGAAGUGAAAACAUCGGAGAAUACAAAUAACGCAUCAAACAAUGCUCAUAAUGGACUUUCCUUAUUAGGGGCAUACUCCGGAAGCAGUGAUAACGAUAGCGAUUAAUUGUUCAGUAUUGUAAAUAUAAUUUAAGUUCAUCGAAUUUAUUAUAAAAUAAAUUGUAUAAACACAA